GUUCGCGCGCCCGUUUCGAAAUUUUUCACUUCGCGCGCGCGAUUGACAUGGGCCGGCGCGUUUGAAGGCGAGUGAAUUGGUAUCAGUGUUUUGUGCUUCCAGUUUCGAAAUGACUGUAACCGGAAAUCUAGGAAUUAUGCACAGACCAUGUUUUUCAGGAUAUCCGUUUCAAGGACAAGGUCGAGUCAAUCAAUUAGGUGGCGUCUUUAUCAAUGGGAGACCGUUGCCGAAUCACAUCCGAUUGAAAAUCGUCGAAAUGGCCGCGGCCGGAGUGCGUCCCUGCGUCAUCUCGCGACAACUGCGCGUCUCCCACGGAUGCGUGAGCAAAAUCCUGAACAGAUACCAGGAGACCGGUUCGAUCCGUCCGGGAGUAAUCGGCGGCUCCAAGCCGCGACUGGCGACACCGGAAAUCGAGACCCGCAUUGAACAGUACAAAAAGGAGAAUCCUUCGAUCUUCAGUUGGGAGAUACGCGAUCGCUUGGUGAAGGAGGGCAUCUGUGAUAGGAGUACGGCGCCAAGCGUUUCGGCGAUUUCUAGACUGCUUAGGGGAAAAGGAAAUGACUGCGACGAUAAGUCGACCGAUAACGAGAACGGAUCCGAUUGCGAAAGCGAGCCCGGAAUACCGUUAAAGCGGAAACAGAGACGGUCGCGGACAACCUUCACGGCGCAUCAGCUGGACGAGCUGGAGAAGGCCUUUGAGCGCACCCAGUACCCGGACAUUUACACGCGCGAGGAGCUCGCCCAGCGCACCAAGCUGACCGAGGCGAGGAUACAGGUGUGGUUCAGCAAUCGAAGGGCGAGGUUGCGCAAACAGCUGGCGUCGACAUCCUCCUCGGGUUCCUACGCGCCCCUGAGCAACCCAUACACUGCGACCUCCUCCCCAUACUCGGUUAGUGAGGCCACCUUCUCGACUGCUCCGGUGGCACCUAACCAAAUGACUGAGCUGUACUCCCACGGCCACGCCUCCCCCAACCUCCCGCUGACGACACAGUCACACGCGCCGUACCCCACGCAGCCACUCUACUCGCCUCCCUCCCUGAUGCCGCACGCUAACGACCUGAACCAAAACGGAGUUUUCAAGGACGACGCCCCCUACACGACGAACAACAACCUCAACUUACUCAGCGCCGCCACAGCAGUAUCUCCGAACGGUAACGACUCGCCCUGCCGAGGCGACUGGAUCACGCCCAACGCCACCUCCGUCGACCAGGUCCUCACUUUGGGACAGCCGCUCGGCGUACCCUCCCAGGGGUUCGGCGCCAACGGCCUGCAUCCCGCCGCCGGCUACACGCCGCACAACGCGAAGAGCUUCACCCACCAGCCCUUCUACAGUUGGUACUCCUAGAUUCGGGGAGAGAUGGGAAGUUCGCGACCAGUGAUGUACAGUAUUUUUGUUACCUAACGGGAAUAGUUAGUUCUUAAUCUGAGAUGUAUCGGACGAACGCCGACGGGUGCUUUUGUGAUACACGCGCGAGAAACGAACUGAAAUGUACUAAAUAAAAGCCAAACGAUCUGUAAUUUAAUUUAGUGGGUUAAGAUAAUUUUUUAGUUGUAAAAUGCACAAAUAAAUGACAAUUCCUAGCAUUUUA